AUGAAGAAACCUAAACGUAACGUUCGUCCUAAAUUUGAAAACACGCGUAAGGCUUUGCGAAAACAGAAAAGGCAGCAAAAGAAAGUCCAUCGACAAGAACAUUAUUUAAAAAGUGUUAAAAAACAGCCUUCUCAAGUUAAAUACACUCCAGGCCAGUUUGUUAAGCGGCCUCCAGAAUCACCAGAACCUGGUGUUGAGAUUAAGAAAAAGGCUAAGAUUGAAACUCCUCUGGACAUCCUCAGUAAAGAACGCAUGAAAGAAACAAAAGCAACUGAAAAACUAAAGAGCGAAAUGGAAGAACGAAGAAACAGGAUGUUGCUCCAAGCGAAUGAGGAAGAAGAUAAGAUUAUCAAAAAACUAGAGAAGCAACUUGGUUUGAACAAAUCAAAGAAUAAAAGCAAGAACUUUGCUAGCGACGGUCUUGACUAUUUACUAGAAAUAUGUGAUAGUUCAACCACAGAACAAAUAGUAGCAGCAGAAAAACAUUUAGCACAAGUUGAAGGUGAUUCUGACUUUGAAGAAGACUUGGCUGUGGUCACCGGCAAGGAUAUUAAAAAUAAAAAAGAUGGUAAAAAAGAAAAGAAAGAUAACACAAACACUAAUAAUGAAGAUUUCGAUUCUGAUAUUUCAAUGGGAGAAGAUAAAGGAAGUGAUGUCUCUGAUGAUGAAAUGUUAGGAGAUGAAGCAGAUGAUUCAAAUGAUGAUGGUGAAGAUAUGAGUGAUGAAUAUGAUAGCAAUGAUGGUGAUACUGAUGAAGGAAGUGACUCUUCUGAUGAAGCACCUGAAGAAAAACCAACAAAAUCACAAAAAGCUAAUUCAAUGAAAGCAAAACAGGAAAAGGAAGUUAAGCAAAAUGACAAGAAAUCGAAGAAAGAGAAAAUAGUUGCUGAAGAAGAUUUGAGCAAAGUGUUCAGUGACGAUGAAGUGUCACAUCUGUCAGGAGAUGAAGAUGAUGACAUGGUAAAUGAUGAAGGUGAAGAAAAUAGUGUUGAAGAAAAGCAAGAAAAACCUGAUGUGUGGGAAGACAUUUAUGGAAGAAAGAGAGAUAAGGAAGGAAAUAUUAUUAAGGAAGAAAAAGGUGCCUACAUUCCACCACAUCUUAGAAAUAAACAGGAUUCUAGUUCAGACAAACAGUUAUUACAGCUGAAACGACAAAUAAAAAGCGUUCUCAACAAACUGGCGGGCACAAAUCUCCACUGGGCCUGCACAUCGAUAGAAACUUUAUAUUCGAACAACAGCCGCCAUUCCGUGAACAGCAUCCUGACGCAGUUGUGGCUGGACGCCUGCGUCACGAGCAGCAACACGCCCGACCGCAUGGUGGCUGAACACGCCGCCCUCGUCUCUGUGCUACACGCCAACGUGGGCUCCGAGAUAGGUGCUCAUUUUCUGCAGGAGUUAUCAAAGAGGUUCGACGUGAUGAUGCAGAAACCACAGCCGGUUGAGGACAAGUUGCAGGACAAUUUGGUUUCCUGUCUCGCACACUUGUAUACUUUUAAGAUCUAUCACGCAUCUCUUCUCUACGACAUCCUAACAAGAUUACUGGAUGUUCUAUCAGAGAAGAACAUCGAAUGUGUGCUGGUGGCUCUGAGGAGCGUCGGCGGAGUGUUGCGGAAGGAGGAACCUCUCGCGCUGAAGAACUUCAUACACGAAACGCAGGCUAGAGUCGCCAAGUUGAACGAGGCUUCUGCUGAUGGGUCGCGUAUAAAAUUUCUACUAGAUGUGUUGAUGGCUGUGAAAAACAACAAUUUAAUGAAAAUACCAAACUACGACCCUUCGUACACGGAACAUCUCAAAAAGAUGACGAAAGGAAUUAUUAGAAAAGGGAAUUAUAUCACACCACUUAAUAUAAGGCUAGAAGAUUUAUUAAAAGCUGACGAGCGUGGUAAGUGGUGGGUGGUGGGGUCAGCGUGGGAGGGGAACAUCUCACGGCCAGAGGAGAAGACCAGCGCCAUCCAGGUUACCACCACCGACCAGAAACUCCUAGAACUGGCCAGGAAGCAGAGGAUGAACACUGAUGUUAGGAGAAGCAUAUUUUGUGUGAUUAUGUCUGCUGAGGACUACAUGGACGCCUUUGAGAAGCUCCAGCACCUGGGGCUAAGAGGCCAGCAAGACCGCGAGAUAAUCCAUGUGCUUCUCGCUUGCUGUCUACAGGAGCGAACCUACAACCCUUACUAUGCAGUGCUGGGACAAAAGCUGUGCGAAUUUGAUCGUAAAUACCAGCUUGCAAUCCAGUUCUCAGUAUGGGAUAAAAUAAAGGAAUUGGAUACGAUAUCUAAGCAGUGCAUGACUAACUUGGGGCAGUUUCUCAUUCAUCUCAUUAUGGAGAAGGCCCUGCCGCUUUCUGUUUUGAAGGUAAUCCAAUUCUCCGAGUUAAACAAACAGUCUGUUCGCUUUAUGCGUCAGAUACUCCUAGCUAUCAUAAUGAAUGCGAACUUGGAAGCCUCCCUCGAGGUAUUCCUCCGAAUAUCCAAGCCGCCCAAAUUGCGCCUGUUCAGAGAAAGCAUCAGACUAUUCAUACAACACUUCCUUAUAAAGAAUACAGGGAAACAGAGCAGUGUUCUUAGUGAUGAAGAUAUGGUAACUUUAAAGGAAAGGGCUUUGGCUGUGGAGAAAAUAUUGACUUCCCACGAGUCUAAGUUGAUGUUUUAA